AUGACCGCCCCCACCCCUCCAACUGAAGGGAGAGAAGGAGGACCGGCCCAGUCACGGCACUCAAGCGGCCCCCCGACACCUCCUCGUUCCCCCCCACCCUCUGACAUCGACGCUAUCAAGAACAUGAUCGACGGAUUGGUAGCACUGGCAAACCCAGAGAAGAAAGGGACCGCCAGCGGCAUGGGGCAAGACCUCCUCGCAGCUGUUUGCAAGCUAUACAAUGCGGCCCAGAACCAAACAGGAACCAUUUCACUGGCCAACCUCCGCAAAGUGGUAGCCGAAGAACUUAGGGCGGCCGCCACCGCACCCCAGGAUAGAAGAUCCUGGGCCGCAGUGGCCUCCCAGGAAUCCAGCCAAACCCAGACGCAGACCACUGCCCCAGCAAAGACAGUGCCAGCCCGCAUCAACAAGGAAAUUCUUGUCAGAGGCAGAGGAAUGCCAGCCGAUAUGGCCAAACGGACCCCACAGGAGAUCGUCCAGGCUGAAGCCUUUGGACAGCAAGCAGAGGAGAACAAGAGAACCUUCGCGGUCCUGCUGAAGGGGCUAUGGAAGCGUGACCUCCAGGGAGUGACCGAGGAGACAUUUGGCAGGGAAAGUGGCCUUCAAACAGUCGACAAGGUCAAAUUCAGGGUACCGAAGCACCAGGAAGCAACCCGGGCGACGGUGCUGGUGGCACUCACCUCUCAGGAGGAGGCCCGCAAGGCCUGCGUUGAGGGAGUGGUUUGGAGGGCCCAGCUGCUGGACUGCGAACCGUACUGGGCUGCUCUAAGUCCGGUACAGUGCUUCAAAUGCUGGAAAUGGGGCCACACGCAACACUAUUGCAGAUCAACACCGCUGUGCCCCAGGUGUGGAACGAAGGCCCACGGUGAGGGCGGAAGGGACGGAGAAGCCCAGGAGGCACCCAGCCUGGUCGAAAGAAUGCCCCGAGAAGACGAAGGUUCUGGCGAAGGCCAAGGAGGCCUACCAGUUCCGACCGCGGACCUAUGAGGCUGCCCCAAACCUACUCUCUGGCAUAGCUACCAGCGCCA